AUGGAUGCUUGCCGUACUGAUAAUGUGUAUGCUUCGCAGAUCAUUCAGCAGAUUGGUGUCGAGAAUUUCAGCUCCAUCGUCUCUGAUGACACCGGGAACACUCGAAAGACGCGGGGCACAGUCACUAAGAGACACGAAUGGAUGCUCAACUUUGCCGACACAUGUCAUCGUCUUCACAACACGGCUCAAGAUAUCGGCAAGCUGUCAGCAUUUAAAAAGACGAUCGCAACCUGCAAGCGGGUUGUGAAAUACUUUGCGAAGUCGACAAUCGCGAAGACGGCCUUGAAACGAGCGAUGCUGCGGAAAAACAUCAAACGUGGUCUGGUCGGCUUUAGCAAGACGCGCUUCGCUGGUGUUGUGCACUCUGCUGAAUCGGUGAGACGCUGCUUGCCAGCCCUUCACGAGAUCGUGGAGAAGGAGGCUUCCAUGGUUGACAUACCUGUACAUCUUUCGAUGCUCCUCAGCAUCCUUGGGCCCAUUGCAAAAGCAAUCGAGUGCCUUGAGUCGGCGCACUCGACUCUCGCAGAUGUUUUCAUGUUCUGGCUGGCGGUUAUGGCCUCAUACGACACGUUCCUUGCGGACACGUCUCGCUCAGCCGAUCUCUCCGACGAGACCAAGGACGAAAUCCGACGCAUACUCAACUAUCGAUGGAAGCAGAUGAUUGAACCCCCACUGAACACCUCCAAAGGCGACCACACUCAAGGGACCAGUGUCUAUGUCGCUGCGUUUGUUCUGCAUCCAGGUGAUUUCAUUUCGCCAACUACUGAUUGUCCGGUGCAUGCUCACACCGAUCAAGAGUAUCGGUCGAGUGGCAUCCUGAAGCCUACAGUAGUGAUUCGCCAGGUGCAUCCAUUGUGA